CCCAUCUGUUCAGCUCCGGUGAGACGCUGGUUGAAACAGAUUGUAGCGCUCCGCGGGUCGCAAUGGCAACUGUCCGGACAGGACGGCAGCAGCAACUUUUGUCGUAUUUGUAAUGUUACGGAGACAUUAUAAGUCGCUUAAGAAACUACUUUCUAAUGUGAGAAACAAACGUUACACAAUAUAUCCGGUCCGAAAAUGUCCCAGGGAUGUACAGUUUCUGUGGAAGAGAUCCAAUCUUGGUGGGAAGUCCCCGCCAUAGCCCACUUCUGCUCGCUGUUCAGGACAGCGUUCAACCUUCCUGACUUUGAAAUAGAGGAGCUGGAGAAAGCCCUGUCAGAGCAAGACUUGGACUUCCUCGGGGACCUCGUUGCUUGCCUGUUGCAGGGAUGCUACCAGCGCACUGACAUCACCCCCCAGGCAUUUAGUAGUUACCUGGAAGACAUCAUCAGCUACCGGUGGGAACUGGAAGAAGGGAAGCCCAACCCUCUCCGAGAGGGCCCCUUUGAGAAUCUCCCUCCUCGCACUCAGGUGGAACUGCUGCACCGGCUGUGCGACUACCGUCUGGAUGCUGCUGAUGUCUUUGACCUGCUUAAGGGGCUUGAUGCAGACAGCCUGAGGGUGGAACCGCUGGGGCAGGAUGGAAAUGGAGCCCUCUACUGGUACUUUUAUGGCACUCGUAUGUACAAAGAAGAGCCAGUCAAGAGGAAGGCAGAGAUGACCAGUGAAACAACUGAACUAACAUUACCAGAGAAAAAGAAAAGGGGAAGACCACCAAAGAAGAAAAAACUGGAAGACCCUCAGCUAAGUGAGGUGGAAAGUGAAGUGACAGAAGUGAAGACAGAAAAUGGGCUGGAAGAUCUCCACCCUAGCACAGGCCGUAAGCGAGGCACUUGGUCCCUUGUGUGUGAUACAGAGGAACAGUGGGUCUGUCUGGCAGAAAGCAUCAAGGACAAAACCUCCCCACAGGACCGUCACCUCUACCGUGUCAUCAGCCAGAACUUCCUGCCUGAGAUCAGCAGCAUGAUUGAGCACAAGGAGCGGGAGCAGAAACAGAAGCUAAUGGACCCAACCCCAGUUCGCGCAUCACAACGGUUCUCUGAAAAACACAUUAACCAAGAUGAGGAGGACAAUCUGAAGGCCAUAGCAGAGGAGGAGAAGAAGAAAGAUGAAGAGCUGGACAGGCAGGUCCUGCUGGCCGAGCAGCGACGAGAAGAGGAAAGGCUUCUGCAGGAAGAACAACAGAGAGAAAAGAUGGAGAAGAUCAAAGCUGUGGAGGAGCGAGCAAAGAGGCGGAAGAUGCGAGAGGAACGGGCCUGGUUACUGUCUCAAGGAAAAGACCUGCCACCUGAACUCCUGAAUCUGGAGCCUUCCUCUCCUGUUCACAGAACACGCAAGAAUAAAGAAUUCUAUGAAAUUGAUGACGACUACACUGCUCUAUACAAAGUGCUUGAGGCCUUGAAAGCCCAUAAAGAUGCUUGGCCUUUCUUGGAGCCUGUGGAUGACUCCUAUGCCCCCAAUUACCAUGAGAUAAUCAAGACUCCCAUGGACCUGUCCACCAUUGAAAAGAAGCUUAAUGAUGGGGAGUACGUUGCUAAGGAGGAGUUUGUUACCGACGUGAAGCUCAUGUUUGAAAACUGCUUUGAGUACAAUGGGGAAGACAGUGAGUACACUAUCAUGGCGGAGUCUCUAGAACGGUGUUUUAGCCGGGCCUUAUUAAAACACUUUCCAUCAGAGGAUGGCGACACAGAUGAGGAAUUCCACAUCAACAGUGAAGACAAGGAGCGCAAGGACAAAAAGCGCAAUCGUGGCAGUAAAUAUUUGGGACCUGAAAGUCUGAUCAAGGCCACUGAACAAGUCCAACGUAAGCGAAACUCUCAGGGGGGCAAGGGUAGCACACCCUCAGAGGAAGAGGACUGCAAACCAACACGACCACCUCCCCAUCAUUGGGCCAAUGGCCCCCCUCACCCCCACAGCCUGCCAAGCCAGCAGCGCAUCCAUGAAGGAGACAUCAGGGGCAUGUACCACCCAGGGCAACAGCUCCGUCGUCCACCUGGUCCCCUUGGUCCUCAUGGUCCACACAUGUAUGCCCAAAGAAUGGCCAUGGAUCCCCGCUUCGCUUACCCAGCUCACAUUCCCAGGCAUGGAGACCCCAGUUUGAACCGCUUGCCCCACAACUUUAACAUGCAGCAUCGCAUGGUUGAAGGACAUCACAUGGGUCCUAGGUAUCCAGUCGGCCCAGAUCCUAACCAGCAGCAGCCUCCACACCAGCAGCAGCACCCCUACAUGGGUCCGACUCAUGGCCCGUCUCUAGGCCCACGUCCCAUGGCCCUCCAACCAGGACCUCCUCCAGAAGCUAGUAUGUACCCAUCCCACCAUGGUCCAGAGGGCCACAACGUGCACCCCAUGGGCAACAGAUUCUCAAGGCUGGAAGGACCACCUCAGCACAACUACCCAGGCUUGAGGCCUCCUGGUAUGGGCCUAUCCAACAUGUGGACUGGUAUGAAUCACCAGGAGAGACCCAAUGGGAUGCGCAUGCAAGAUCCCAACAUGGUGAACCAGCGCAACUUUAGUUACGGUGGAGUCCCUCCUCCAGUGGGGCAUAAACCAUGGCCAGAAGUUGCUGGAUACCCCCAUCCUUCUCCCAAUGCCCAGUAUCAAAUGUCUGCAGCGGUCAGCUCCUCCGGGCCCAUAUCCUCACGUCCCCCUGUUCCCCACCCAGACGCCUCUGGCAGGACACGCUUGGCCUCCAUGCUGGAAAGCCCAGAGAUGCUGGCCCUGCAGCAGCUGUCAGCCUCUUCUGUACCCCCUGCUGGUGCCCCUCAUCAGCACAUGGACAACUUUCAGCAGCCUGGGCCCCCAUCAGGAAUUGGCAGCGUCCCAGCUCACCCCUCUCCACAGCCUCCCCCUGCUCCUGAGGUUCAGCUGCUGCGUCCUGCUAGAGACAAUGGGCCAGACAGACAGCCUUCCCAACAGACAGACAUGCAGCCCAAAGACUCAACAUCAGAGAACAAGAUGGCUGCCAACAACAUUUCCAGUGAAGCUUCAUCACACAAAAACACUGUUUCAAUGAACCAAGAGCACCUGUCCAUCCCUAGCCCCACAGGACACCACACUGGGGCAGCAGAGGGAAUGCAGAGCAACAGCUUCACUGAUCCCAACCACCCUCAGCAUACACAGAACAGUCCACAGCAAAAAGCUCAGAGCCCUGCACUUAUUCACCACAAUGUACCGCCCCUGCAUGUUGCAGCAUCUCCGAAUUCCACUCAACAAAUGUCAGAGAACAACUUGCCACACAUGCAGAAUGCACAUCAGCAAAGUGAACACCAGCAGCAGCAACCUCAGGCAACCCAGAGUACCCCUCCUCAAUGCCACCCUCAGGGCUCUCCCCAGCAGAUGACCCAGAACACACAGCAACAAAAUUCCAUGCUAUCUCCUCAUCAUGUCCCCCAAAAUAUCUCUCCACUACGUCUUACACAGAACAGCCCCAUUCAUGGGAUGCCACAGAGAGCCACACAAGGAGCCCAGCCUGCACCCCCUCAGCCAGCCCCUCUCACCUCUUUGCCACCUAGUCAUCCUACCCCACUAUUACCCUCCCAGCCUAGCCCAGCAGACCGUGGAGAUCAAAGACCUAGUGAGCCUACAAGUAGACCGGACACAGAAGGCACUGCCGUUCCUUCACAGCACACCAUGAUGAAAUCUGGGACUCCAAAUGGUAUUUAUAAACACCAGGCUUUCAGCCCCAAUCGCCAUCAAACCCAGCUCGUGGGUAAUAACCCAGGUAUGCAGGCUCAGAGAGGGCCAGCACCUGCUCUCAAUCCAGCCAUGCCUCCUCACUCCCAAGGCCAGGCUAAUGGAGCCAUGGGUCCAUAUGGUAUGGGGAACCAUCCACAUCCACACUACAGCCAGACAAACAUGACCAGGCCCAUGCCUCCGCCUGCUCACCACCCUUAUCACAACCAGGCCAUUAACCCCCUCCACAAUCCUGCCCACCACCCCACCUACCACCAGCAGGGAGGGACUGCCUACUCCUAUCACAUGCCAGGCCAACAGCACCCUCAGGCCCACCCCAACAUGUACCCACCUCAUCAGUACCAGCAGCAACACUACUAUUCCCAACCCCAUCCCCAAGCUCAGCCCCAUAACCAGGCCAACAGUAGAGGGAGUUAUCCUCCAGAGGAGUGGCAUCGGUCUCAUUAUCAGCCUCGCCAACCGAUGCCGCCCAGUGCCUACCUACCUGUAGCUAGUGCCAGAGGCAAUGGUCAUUUGAAGGAGAGCAGUGUGUCACCACUGGGUUCUGAGGGCUCCAGUGGUGCUAGUUUGGUGUCCCCUGGCCGUGUGCCUGAAGUAGGGCCACACCCUGGAGGCCCAGAGGAGGGGAAGUGUGAAAGCAGGGAGCAGGCCAGUGGAGGCAGCAGCAGUGGUGGCAGCCCAGCAAAGCAGGCUCGUACAGAGAGCUCAGAGCGACCUGAAAGCCCUAAAGAAAUCCUGGACCUUGACAGCCAUAAUGCUGCUGCUCGCCACCGUGGCACCCAGCCACCUCAACGACAACACCCUCCUGCCUCUGCUGCACACAUUGUGUCUGGCUUCAUGUACGACCCUCGUGCUGUGCACCCUGGCAUGCAGCAAGGCGGCGUUCCUCCACCCCACAUGAUGUCUCAGGCCUGUGGAAAUGGCAAUAGAGCCCCUUACCCUGGCCAGCCAUACCCAGAUCCAGGACACUAUGCUGCCCAAAGACCUCACCCACACCUGAUGGAGGCUCUGCAGCGGCCCCAGCAGCUACCCUACUCCCCAGGUCAAACACGCAUGGCCAUGUACAGACACCCCCGGCCUGCAGGGCACUUCCAGGGCAUGAUGAUUCAGCAGAGAGGCCUGGUACCAGAACACUUCCUACACCCAGGGCAACAAAUGAUGGCUGCUCCAGGCGGCCCUAGCAGUAAACAAGGAGUGUGACAAGUACCAUAUCAGAGCAUGUUAUUAUCAAAGAACGUCUGGACAAAUCCAUGAGCCAUAAGUAAGAACAUGUGGGCACGCUGACUGGGCUGACAGAGACUGUAGAAGGGACACUUUGCUGCACAUACAUCUCUUACUGAAUUUCUUACACUGGACAAAAAACCUUUGGCUCUGUUUUGUCCACCACUGGACUUGAAGAUCCAACCAGGCAGCUGGUAUUACUAAGAUAAUAAUACUAUGAAAUGUUAUUGAGCCCUGGAGAACAAUUCUCUUUUAGCACAGGGUCAGUUACAGAACAGCUCUAUGGAGCUGGUAGGAAUUCACUGACUUGCUCAAGGACACUUCACCAGAAUGGUUGCUUCCCAAAAUGAGCGUUUGAACAAUGAUCCUUCAGCAGGACAUCCUUUUUAACCACUGAGCCAACCUGCCAAACACAGGGGGCACUGCCUUCAAGACCACUGGACAGCUCUCUCCUCUUUGAACAAUCGAAAUAUGAAUGGAUUAAAGGCCACUGAAUGCAGCCUGCCUAUCUUGUUCAUUGACUGUAGUAUUUGAUGGAGCUGUUAAUCUACUGACAGAACUGAGGAGGACUGUGAUGAAGGCGAGAGGGACUGUUGUUUUUACUGCUAUUUUCUGUUCCAACCAUAUCUUUAAUCUCAGGUGUAGAAAAGGAGGUACUAUGAGACGGUCACCCUUUCCCAGUCAACUCACAGGCCCCUUGCAAUUGCCUUGGUUUCCUUUUGUGAAUGUAUGAGUGAAUAUGUAGACGAUAAGGUGUGUGUAGCAGAUUAGCUGCAUGUGAAAAGACCCUGAUCAUUUGUCUGAAGCAAAAACUGUCCUGAAAAAGGCCCAGUUACUGUCUAUUUGCACCCCAACUCUAACAGUGUUUCUCUAGUUCUGGAGUAAACACACAGUAUAUGCAUCUUUCAAAGCGGCCUUCAUUGUUAAGAAUGUCUUUGACUAGCAGAGAGUGACUAGCAAAGAUGGUGCAAUUUCUAACCGACUGUACCUAACUCUCUUGUUAUGCACUAUGGAUUUUGUUGGUCAAGACAUCCUGGAAUUGAGUGGCCUUGGAUAGUCUUAUUUUUAGUCAAACACAUAUAUGUAUGAAAAUAUAUCCUUACCUCUUGUCCCAGAUGAGGGAAUUCUAAAAUUCUCAGACGGUGACAUGUCCUUCUAGCUGGUAUAUGCACAUACACAGAACAAACACAUACACAUCACAUCCUGCUGUUGUUUAUUUCUUUAAGUGUGACAUUUGUUGCAGUCCACCUACAAGUUUGUAGCUUUAGUUCUUUGUUCAUUCACGGCCCUGUCCUUUGCAUGGUUGCUUCUUUGAGUGCGUCCUCUCUUUCCCAUAUCAAUACUAAACGUAUCCUCAGGGUGUACAGUUUCUAUAUACGGGUAUUUUUCUGCAUUGUUUGAAGGAGGAGCAGCAUAAGGGAAACGGGACUGCAACUGUGGCAAAUAAAUCCAGCUCAUGUGAAGAACUUAACUUUAAAGGGUCUGUAUUCAUUGUCCUUAAUAAUAGUUGGCUUAGCACACUGCCAACCUGGACAAAACUCCGUCCUUUCUCAUUUUUAUCAAAGUUGAUUAGAAGUGAGAUGGAUCAAAAUUUGAGUUUUUCUACAUUCCUGUUAAUCUGAUGUCAGACUGUUUGCCAUCACAAUUACGAUCACAAUCUACCUCAUCGAACCAGUCAAUGGCAUCUACAGAGUCCCUCCACUCCCUCCUGUGGGUCAACAUUUUAUGACCAGCUGAUGAUUUUAGCACCACUUUUAGUUUUUAGGCUUACAGAACUGAUAAUAAAAUGGCCUUACAAUACCUUAGCUUAUGUGUCAGGUUGCUGUGUCAAGUGAUAGUGCUGACUGACUGUCUCAACAAGAUGCUGUCAGUUUGACAUUGACAGAAGUUCUAUAAAAGAAACAAUCCUUGGAAGUGUACUAUAUCUUUUUAAUGGGACAGCACUUUCAUUCUUUGUUUUUUUUUUUUUAACAUCAUCAUUGGAGUAUGAUGGACAAUAUUACAUCACAUGUCUGAAAUGGGACUCUGUAAAUUGGUCUCUUUAGUUGUACAGAUUGCAUGCCUUCCUGCCUAAAGAUUGUUGAAACUAGACAAAGUAGGCAGUAUUCCAGCCUAGGGUCUGUAAUAGACUGCAUAGAGUUUGGCAGCAUUAUGGGUUUACUAUGUUUCUUAGUAAUAGGUAUCUAAGGCAUUGUAAGGAAAUAUUUGAGGAAGGAUGAUGGAAUAGUUAAGUGCUAGAAGCUGUGAGACAAUUUUCUAAAUGUGUCACGCAAGACUUGUCAUGGAUGACUUGCUAUUUUGUCAAAAUAGGGAAUUGUCUCAAUAUUUAGUGGGCCUAUCAGGACCACUUUGGAGGUAGUCUGUACACUUGUGCUGUCUAAUGUAUGAAGGACAGUAUUGAUUUUAAAGGUCUGAGGUUGUGAUACUGUCGUAUAGUGUGUGUGUGUGUGUGUGUUUGUUUCUGGUGUGUAGAAUUGGCACCAGAUGAUCGGAAGUUUGCAUUCAACUCUCACUUUUACUCUGCUGUCAUCUCUCUGCACUAGUGAAAACCAUUUAGACGUGAUCAAAUGUGAAUCAUAUUUAUUUGCUCUUCUAAGAAUUUUUGUACAUUUUUGGACUUGUUUUAAUAUAAAUGUGGUGUAUGUUUCUUUUUUUCUUGACGUCAUUUUUGUUGUUUUUAAGCAGUUGUCUUUUACCUCAGUAGCAUUGGGGGAAAAAAGACCUGUACGUUUCAAUUUUAAGUGAAGUUUACAAGUUCUUAUCUGACUGACAUAGAUUAUUUUGGAAAUGGAAUGGAGUAUUUUCUAUACUGUACAUUUCUUAGAAAUAAAUAACCUUUCUUGAACAAGA